AUGGGUGCAGCACAAUCGAAUGAGUGUGCAUCAUCCCCAGAGGAGCUAAGCUCCGUGCUCGCUGAGCGUUUCGCUACAAAAUGCUUCACCCCAUUAGAGCUCACUCAUUUCAAAGACAACUUCUUCUCCCGGGCCUUGGAGCAAGGAGGCCUGCGGUACUGGAAUGAGAAAAUCCUCUCGGACUUCUUGGGUAUACCAGAUGGUAUCUAUACAUCUUCCCAUGAACAAUCUUUAGAUGCAGGACCGGUGAUUUUUCGCAUGGUUUCUUAUCUGGGAGCCUUCCCAUUCCAAAACACCCUCGCGCCAAGUGUGUUGACGUUUGAGGCUAUGGUCAAGGUGGUUGUGCUCUUGACUGAGCGCUAUGGAAAAGCGCUGAAACGAGGACACAAGGAUCGAACCAAGUUGCUCUUUGGUAGUCUGGCUGAUGUUGGGAGGAAGAAGCCCCCCGCGGGGUUUAAUGGAGAAUUUACGUUCAAGGAUUCCGAAACUUCGGCUGCGCAUUCCCACACGCAGGGUUUCUCCAUAGAUGAACCGGCCAACGAUGAGUACGAUGAAGAUGAGGAUGAUGAUCUUGCACUUGCAGCAUUGGAGUCUCUUGAUGCGAUUGAAGUAUUCAAACAUGAUCACCGUGUUGACAAGACCGUUUACGAGACCCGGAUUUCCAUCGACACCUUUCGACGCUUGGUUAUGCUACUGCUCGUUAUUGCGCCACUAAAUCCAUCGGAGUCUUUGAAGGGAUAUACAUCUGGACUGGAUGUUCGGCGAAUGGAAUUGGUCAAGAACGAAGCAGACAGUAUUAUUGUAGCCUUUUCACCGGAAGAGAGCGAUGGUGGGAUAUCUUAUAAGACAUUUGCCCGAACGAUAUCACUAUCUUUGCCAUAUCUGUUCGAUCCGCUAACUGCUCUGUUUGAGCACAUGCUUUUCAGCAAAAAUUUGAACCUAUCUCAACGCCGGCAAAAGGAUCUAGCCUCAGAGACUAAACAGGAGGAGAGCGAGGAGAACGAAGAACACCCAUCACCAACAGCUACACUCACUCUUCCGGGAAGUUUUGAGUCGGCCAUAUUAACCCCAACACUUACGUCGCAUCUUUCGUUCUUCCUCCCUUCCACAUCACCCGAUAUCAAUAUCCUCCGAAGUAGCAUCAGCCUACACCCCGUCUUCUCCACAAACGCCCACGGGUCUUCCUUAACAUAUUUCUCCCACCACGUCCUUACCUGGCAAUCUCCCACGCUGCUCAUCCUACAAGGAUCUUUAGCAGACUCACCCAAUGAAGAUUUAAUAACACUAGGCGCCUACAUUCCCGAAACGUGGAAAACCUCCAUAUCGACAUCAGGCUCAUCUUCAAAAACAUCCGACCUCCUCUCCUGCCUCUUCCAACUAUCCCCAAAACACAUGCUUCUCCCAGGCAACCCAUCUACAUCCGCAACGAAGCCCAACACCCCAACCGCCUAUUUCUCACCUAACACUGGUAUCGCAAUCGGCUGCAAAAUUCCCGCCCCGUCCCGCACGCACCAAACCUACCCGAGCCCGCAUGGAGCAGGCAGUCUGAUCAUCGACGCGAAUUUAGAAACAGCCGAGUUCCAUGUCGCACCCUUCGGGCACGACGGCACCUUCUUACCUGCUGCCAAUGCAUCCCCAGAAGACCGGCCGACAAAGUUCAAGCUCGAUCUAUAUACCCUGGAAAUUUGGGGUAUUGUCCCAGAUCCGGAAGCGUCUUUCUCUGCCGACCCGAACCUGAGUCCGGUGGAGAUCCAACGUGCAAAGUGGGAAUUCGAGGCACGGGAGGCCGAGCGCCGUCGUAACAUCAAUAUCAAGGCCGGGGCUGGAGAUCCGGCGACCGAGAGUGCAAGGUGGCUUUUGGAGGCGGCUGGAAUCAUUGGGAAUGAGGCGAGAUAUGCUGGUGGAAGAGUUUAG